AUGUCUAAACCAGCGAACAAUGGAGUGCCAACAAAGCACGCAAAGCAAUAUUUAAAAAUUAUUUUAGUUGGAGAUAGUGGAGUUGGAAAGACUUGCUUAAUAUCUUCUUAUUUCAAGCAAUCUUUCGAUAAACAUUCAAUUCCUACGGUAGCACCAGCAUACUCAUGCUCCGAUGUGAAGAGAAAGGAUGGAAAAACAAUUUCAUUACAAAUUUGGGACACUGCUGGCCAAGAAAGGUACCAUUCUGUUUCAAAACUAUUUUUCAGAGACUCCACAUUGGCAUUCAUAUGCUUUGAAUGCGGAGAUGAAGCAUCUACACAAGGAGUUACAAAUUGGAUCAAGAGAGUAUAUGAUGAAGUACCUCAAUGCCAAUUAUUCCUUGUUUUAACCAAAACAGAUCUUCGUGAAAAAGAAAAACUCGAAACCUACAAGCAAGAAGCCUUGGAUAAGUUCAAAGAAUACAAUAUCAAAGGAAUUUUCCUUACAUCUGCUUUAACUCGCGAAGGAGUUUCAGAACUCUUUACUGAAGCUGCUGAACUCUUCGUACCAACAGAAAAAACAGUCACUGCACGCCCAUCCGUUGCAGAAGAGCAACAUUCUAAGCCAUGUUGCUAA